CCUGCGCGCUUCCGCUUCCCCCGCCGCCAGUGCGUCACUGUCACUCCAGGCAGUGAUGGCGGAGGCGGACGAUACCGACAUGAUGAUGAACUACAACGCGGAUUUCUUGAAAAGCGACAGAAAAAAUAGCCGCUACCCGUUCUGCGUUGUCUGGACACCCAUUCCUAUUUUAUCGUGGGUGCUCCCCUUCAUUGGUCACAUGGGUAUAUGCACCUCUUCUGGAGUCAUAAGAGAUUUUGCAGGAUCAUACUUUGUCUCGGAGGACAACAUGGGCUUUGGUAGACCAACAAAGUACUGGAAGCUUGACGUGGACAAAGUCUGUGGCCAUGGUGCUGCUACAUGGGACAAAGCAGUGCUUGAUGCAUCCGAGGAAUACAAAUGCAGGCCACACAAUCUGUGCUUCGAUAACUGCCAUUCCCACGUUGCCAUGGCCCUCAACCUCAUGCGCUAUGACAACAGCACGUCGUGGAACAUGAUGAACUUGUGUUUACUGUCUCUCAUUCAUGGGAAACAUGUGAGCUGGGCAGCGUUCCUCAAAACCUGGCUACCCUUCUUCAUGCUCUGCGGAGUCCUCGGCACGUUCAUCCUAACAUUCAAUCUGCAAUAAUGGAGCAGGAAGUGCAUCGGGAUCACUCAUAGACUGUGGUUAUACUAUUUAUUUAUUUAUAUUUUGACAUUUCUUUGACAUGAAUGAUGUGUUUUGAUGGGACACUUGUUUGUACACAAAAGAACCAAAUGAAGGACUUCAUUGUCUGUAGUGAUCUCUAGUGAUGUAGUAGUGUCUCUGAGGGCAAAGUCAAACUGUUGAUGGGUAGUUUUGAGAUCAAUAAUCAACUUAUAAAGUUUUGUGGGUUAUUUUUCCUAACAAAGUAUUUAUCAUUUAGAAACGUGUUUAAACGAUUUAAAAUGCAUCUUCCAAGAUUAACCUCGUUUUCCACAAAGUCUUUUUGUUUUUGUCAUUAUGAGGAUUAUAAAGGGCGAUGCUUUUUUCCAGAUUGCCAUGCGGUUAAGUUCCACAUGUAUUUUUCAUGAACAGCAGUGAUGAAUGUGUUUCCAGACCGGCUAAUGUACAUUUCAGUGAUGAAGCGCCGCAAAAUGGAUCACGAAAUCUUAAUGCUGAAGGUAUUCAUCAAUUAUUUGUGAGAGAUAUGAACCGCUACCAAAGACAGAAUGAUGUAGGAGCCACAUGUGAGCAGUAGUGGUAUUAUCCUGUAGAAACAUCCUCCUCCCCUCAGUCUACUUUCCUCUGGUACAUAAAGACAAACGUGUGAAGUGUUUUUUUGGGGUUUUUUUUUUUUUUACAUGUGGUUAUUAUUUAUAUUUCUCCAGAUAGAAUUUGAAUGCUUUCAAACUGUGCAUCCGCAUGCUGGAAUGUCAUUAUACAAUAACUAUAUAUACAACGAGCAAUACUACAUUACAUUACUAUUACUAUUACAAUACAUUUGUAUUUGAUUUGAUUGUUUUUUAAUGCUGUGUACCUAAUGAGUGUUUUUUAUUAUGGUUUAUCUAUAAUAUCAGUUUAAUAUCUUUGUUUUUGUAACUUCAUUUUGGAUGUGCUGUAUACAAAGCUGGCAGACUGUGGUGUAGGUCACAGGCUGCAGAUUCCCUGAUCGUCCUCUGUACCUUUAAGGGAACAAGGUACCUUUUUCAUCCAGUAGAUUCUGCGUGAUAUGAACUCCCAUCAAUUUGCGGGAACCUUUUUUCCCAGAGUGGAGCAGAUGAGGAGGGACUGAGCGCUCUACUCUGCAGUAUUUGAUUAGUUUGUGAGAACAAAAGCUGAAUUUGACUCAUUAAUUUACAUUGAAACAAGGUUUUCUCUGCUGUAAUUCAUACUCUUGUGUGUUGAAAUUUAUUUAUUUUUUGUUGCUG